AUGGACAGUGACGCGGUAACAACGGCUGGAUGGAACAUACGGGGUGGGAGAAGCAGACAUUUUCAAGAGCUUCACAAUGUCAUAAUGGCAACAAACGUCCCUCAGACGGAGAGAGGCAGAGAUGUAGUGCUAUGGAGGCACGGAGAUGAUGAUGACAGGGACACUUUUUCAUCAUCUAAUACGUGGGAUCAGCUUAGAACAAAGCGCACUAAAGUAGACUGGCACAGAGUGGUGUGGUUUCCACAAGGAGUGCCACGCUACUCUUUCAUCACCUGGCUAGCUAUAAAAAAUAGGCUAUCUACUGAUGAUCGCAUGAGGCAAUGGGGGAUGAUCCAAGGUUGUGAGCUAUGUGGGGAAAGGGAUGAGACAAGAGAUCAUUUGUUUUUUGCAUGCCCAUAUUCAUACACUAUUUGGGAAGUAACAGCGCGUAAAUUGAUGGGCUCUGGUGUCAAUCCGGAUUGGCAGUGGACAAUACAGCGUUUGGAGACAAUGGGUACAAAAGGAGUUGAUUCAUGCAUUGCUCGACUCCUAUUUCAGACACUCAUCUAUCACAUAUGGCGAGAGAGGAACGCUAGGCGCCACCAGCAACCUCGAAACUCCAUAGGACAGAUGCGCAGGCUCAUAGACAAGGCUAUGAGAAACAAGAUAUAUUCCCUCAAAUAUCAGCCAGAGCACAAGCUAGGAGGAAUGUUAACAAGAUGGUUUGAAAUCACACUUUGA